AUGUGGGUAAUUAAUUCACUUCCAGAUUCCUUACCAACGAUUCAGUCUGCGGAACUACCAUCGGAGCUAGAAAUUUCACGGUCACAGUGCAACGCAUCUCCCUCUUCCGAUUCUCAACUUAUCGAUGCUAACUUCCAGUACAUGAACAAACUGUUGGCAUAUUGUCAAUACAACUCAUGCUAUCAAUCAGAAUUCUCUGCUCAAAUUGCAAUCGCUGCAUUGAAUGUCUCUCACGGGUUUGAGCAAUUGGCUCAACAGAUUAGAGAGAAUGCUUAUGGUUCUGCUUCCCCUGAUGUUCAACAAUGGCAAUCUUCCACCAAUUAUAAUAAAAAGGCAAUUGGAAUAUUGCAGUUCGUAUCAACAGUUCCGUUCGUACCAACUUCAAUCUUAUCGCAGUGUAAUCAAUUCUGCUCUUUGUACCAGUUGAAUCAACAGUUAUCUAUGGUUCUGUUGACGAUAUCGAAGAUGAGAACCAGAUUGUAUCCCGAUGCAAAUGACAAAUACUCGAAAUUGCUUAGUUUCCAGGACUCGGACAUUCAAGAGCUCUCUAAAGUCGCUAAUGCUUACGCGAAAUUGUCCAUUGGUUGCUCUAAUGUUUGUACAUCGUUGCAGCUGUCAGUGCAAGACUCCCUACAAUUGGCAAGUCAGAUUAACUCGAUGCAACAUUUCUUAGGUUCUCUUGCACUGACACUCUUAUCCAUCGACAAAUACGACCAUACAGACGACCCAACUACGGCAUUAGAAAUGAUCGACACAGCCAUUGUUCAUAUUCAACCGCUGUUAUCCAAAGAACAAUUGAAUCUUUUACAAAAUAAUAAAUCGUUAGAUAAAUUGCUGGUACAAACAAGGUUCUGGAAGGAUUCUAUCAAGGGGAAGCUUAGAAAUAAGAUCAAGCUUGGCAAAAACAAGCACGAUUUACAACCGACAUCGAUGACCUUGCAUCCAUUUAUUCUAGAAAUCAUUGCGGACUUCCUUCUUCCCUUGAUCAUGGUCUUGAAAGUACGAUACGACAACGCAAAUGAGUUCACAUUCGAUGGGAUGGGGAAAUCGCACAAGUGGGUAUUGCCACAGGGGAAGGCCCCAACGGUGAAGGGGGUUAAUUACAUAUUUGAUGGUGUAUCACUUGUAAUCGAUCAACAAUCGUCAUCAACUAGCUUGCAUUAG